AGUUUUUUGCGUCACUUACAGCUUUGAACAUGAUGAAAGCAGAUUCUCAAAGAAAUGAAGAACAAAUGGAGGAGGAGAAAUUAAAGGAGAUGAAGAGGGCAAAGAUGAGAAACUGCUGUAAGAAAGUUUUAAAAUUUAUGUUUUCUCAUAUAGGACUAUGCGGUAUGGUAAUUGCAUAUUCAGUAGCUGGUGGUUUUAUUUUUGAACAUUUGGAGCGUCACAAUGAGAAAACUGAAUGCCUUAAAGCUGAACAAAAAUAUUUGCCUGCUGAGAAUUCUACCGUCCAAAAAAUCAUAGAAAUAGCUCAAAUUAUUAAAGAAAAUCCUGAGGAGGCAACACAAGCUACUGUGAAAAUUAUACAACGAUUUAGAAAACAUGUUCUUGAACUCAACUACGAUGGUAAAAACUGCUCUGCAAUGGGUGAACCAAACGGUCCUGGUUACAGAUGGUCUUUUUCAGGAGCAUUAUUAUUUUCAGUUACUGUGAUUACUACAAUAGGUUACGGGAAUAUAGCUCCAAAGACUUACUGGGGUCGACUUGUUUGUAUUGCCUACGCUCUUCUUGGAAUUCCUUUGAUGUUGCUCUGCUUGGCUAACAUAGGCGAUGUUAUGGCUGAUAUAUUUAGAUUCGUUUAUGGAAAGAUUUGUUGUUGUGGUUGUUGUAGAAAGAAAGGUGAUAAGAAUAAAGAUAAAGAAAAUGAAUCUGAAACUGGCAGUAAAGGUAGACGAACACCGGAGGCCUGGAAAAAGCAGUAUGCUGGCCCAGGAGGACAAGUGGUCGAUGAUCCAGAGGAUGACGACGAAGAGGAAGAUGAGGAUGAAAAGAUAAGCGUUCCGUUAACUAUUACCAUGGCUGUAAUUGCUGGCUACAUUUUUAUGGGAUCCUUAUUGUUUGGUGUUUGGGAGGGUUGGGACGCCUUAAAGGCUUCUUAUUUUUGUUUUGUUACGAUUUCAACUAUAGGCUUCGGCGAUGUUGUGCCCGGUUCUGCAAAUUUUGAAAAUGCCGAAGAUCAGUAUAAAAUGGUAUUAUCUGCUAUCUACAUGUUGUUUGGUAUGGCUAUUUUGUCAAUGUGCUUUUCUUUGAUACAAGAGGAAAUCGUUGCUAAGUUUAAAUGGGUAGGUGAGAAGAUGGGUCUCUUAGAAAAGGACGAAGAUCAAGAAGACACCGAAGCUAUAGAAAAGGAUUCGGAUGAUAAAAAGAGUAAUUUUAGCGGACCAAUUGUAGAUCCGAGAGCGCCUCUACCACCUGGUUUAAUGAAGAAAGGCCCACCAGUACCACCACCAAUCAGGAAGGGCCCUCCCAUACCUCCUCCCGCACCGCAUAAGUUCUGAGAGAGUGGGGAGUUAGAUGUGAAAUAUAUCCACACUUUGUUGACCUCUUGUUGUAAUAAUUGUUGUGAACUAGACAAAUCAAAGAUAUUUUGUGAGCACAUUUUUAUCUUCUUUAGUCACUGAGCUUGAAAAAAAAAAUCAACUGAAUCAACCUGCAACGCCAUCUGGAUUAUACAUUUUUUAAAUCUUGUUUUGUCUAAUUAUACCACCACUGGAGGAAAAACGGUUUUCGUUAUGAAAUAAAUGUAUUUUAAUUAAUACUCUGCUUUUUUCUAUAAAAUAUUCAUAUUCAUUUGUUCGUUUAUUAUAAAAUAAUUAUUCGCCAAAAAAAUCUAUAUACUAUUAUGAACAAAUGCGUUGUUUAUC